CGGCCAUGGAGUGGGGGACCGGGGUCAGCGGCGGCGGCGGGGGAUGGAGGCGCCCUCGGGCUGCACCAUCGCCCAGAAAGGGAGUCAGAGGCAGCACAGGCCCCCGAGCUGCAGCAACCCCAAUGUGCGGCGACCGGAAAGCGCCAAGCCGAAACGCGAACUGCGCGCUCUCUUCAGACUCGCUGCCCGCCAGCGGCGGCAGCAACCGGAACCGGAACUCGGCGCGGCUACCACCACUGAGCGCGGCGGGAAGGGGGAGAAAGGACCGGCCGGGGGUCUACGCUUGAAAGUGCGAGGGGCGAGGCGUACCACGGCACCACGCGAGUGGAGAGGGUCGUUUCCGCUAGCGGCGGCCCACACCAGCUGACCAAGGGGCGGCGGCGGCGGCGCGCGGCGGCCCUGCUAGUGGACUGUACCAUCCCGGGCGGUGGAGCCGCCGCGAAGGGGCGCGCGCGAGCCGGGGGCGCGCCCGGAAGGCCCAGGGAGCCCGGGGACCGGCGUGGGGGCGCCGAGCCACCCCCUCCGCGGACACGACAUCCCCACGGAGACGGUGGGGCGGCACGGCCCACCCUGCCACGCCCAAACUCUGCAGACCCCCAGCUUCCCUCGGCCGCCGCGACCUCCCGUCUCCUCCCCCUCUGCCGCUGAGGGCCCGCGGCGAACACAAUAGGCUUCUCAGAAGGGUUAAGAGGCCGAGGUAGAAGAAAUACAGACUUUAAUGAAGAGUUUUCCCUUUGGUAUAAGUGAGACCCGUGGAAACCCAAACGACAACAAAAGGAGGCCAGGAUGAAAACGGUGAACUCUCCCCUAUCCGCAGGCCGAAGGAGGGGGCCGGCUUGCUCUGGUGUGGCUUGUAGGAGGUGCUCAGAACUGCAGCCUUCGCGUUUCCCCUCCGUGAAACUGACAGGCAUUCGGGCAAACUUCUGCCUCUCGGCCUCCCGGUAAGAGGCCCAAGUUUUUCUCGUCCUAUCUGGAAAUCAGUUUCAUCUGCCUCAGGUCUCUGAUAUAAAAGAUAAUGCUGCCGAUCCCAGUUACCUCACAGGCCUGGGCGAGGAAAAUGCCAAGAGCUGUAAAAGGUCUUGGAAAAGUCAAAAAGGUGAUGUAUAAAUGUAAUAAUUGAUUAUCAUUUUGUGCUCAAGAAUAAGCCAUGGAAAACAAUUAGGAAAGUAA